AUGACCUCACCGUCAUCGUCGUCAAAGCCGCAGUCGAAGCCCCCGCCGAAGUCGCAAGCGCCACCCGAGCGCACCGCCAAGUACGUCGGCGUCGAUGCCGCGACGCAGUACUCUCCCAUGGAGCCACACGACUACUUUGCCCCGCGCAAAGCUCCCGCACGAUUCUCGCCAUUGAGGACUACUCCUUCUGUGCCUGGUGCCUACCCGUCACAAGCCCAGUCCGAGCAGGCCUCCCAGGGCGAUUCCACCUCUACGGUGCCUACCGAGCAGGCCACGACCAUUGUCGACUCGCAGUCUGAAGCUACUGGCGAUACACUCCUGGAUGAGGAGCCUCCAAUGCUGAAGGCGCCGCACCCCUUGUCGCCGGUCAAGCGGCGCAAUUCCCAAGGACCCGGCGCAUCGAUCGGAGAGUCAUCGACCGCUGGGCAACACUCGGGGGCUUUACCCAAGCGCGUCAAGCCCGACACGGCACCGCCCAAGGUUCUGCCCGUGCGAUACGAGCUGUGUGCGAUUGAAGACAUCGUGGUUCUCAUAGCGAACAUGCUUUCGGAACUUAUAGAGACCAAUGACGCCCUGGCAAUGAGGUCGGGGCACCUUACACGGUUUCACAGCCGGACGGCGCCAGGGAUAUCUGUUCUGGACUAUUUGCAUCGGCUCGCUAAGCACGCAACGCUGCCUCCGCCACUACUUCUCUCCAUGGUCUACUACAUUGAUCGAUUGUGUGCAUUAUACCCGGAUUUCACGAUCAACACAUUGACAGUUCACCGGUUUCUUAUCACAGCUGCUACGGUGGCGGCGAAAGGACUAUCGGAUUCAUUUUGGAAUAAUUCCACGUACGCGAGGGUGGGUGGCGUAAGGGUAGCCGAGCUGAAACUGCUAGAGCUAGAGUUCUUGCACAGGGUGGACUGGAAGAUCGUGCCAGACCCGGAGGUCCUUGUUGCCUACUACAGGGGACUGGUGCAAAGGUCGCCAGCCUAUGUGCUCGAGGACGAGGUGGACCAGGAGGACGAGGACGGGUCGACCGAGAUAUCUGACGAAGUGGACGAAGAUGUUGAAGAGGUGGAGAACGCAAGUGAGAGCGAGAUCUCCCCGCAGUCUGAACCGCCAGACACUUCAGCUCAAGCGCAGCAUUGA